UCGAUUGCAACAGUUAUUUUCAUCAUUGUCGCUAGCCGAUGCACGCCCUAGCCAAUUGCCAACCACUGUAGCUGCGUGUACGACUGGAGACUGUUCCGCGUAGAUACCUUCGUGAUGGAGUCGUCCAGAAAGAAGACCAAGCUUGCCGAUAAUUCCAAGCAACUUUGGGAAUUGAACGUAUGUGUGAGUUGCUCAAAGUUUAUGGACAAUACUUCAAAAUUGUUGAGUUGCCUUCAUAGCGUGUGCCGCAAGUGCAUUAAAUUGCAUUCUGAUAUACAAGGUCGGUACAAAUGCAAAUGUAGAGUAGCAACUGACAUUUCAAAAGAACUCCCAAAUAGUACUCUGUAUUGUGAAGAAUUUGAUGAAAGUAUUAUACAAAAUAAUUAUAUGGACGAGAAAUACCAAACACAAUUGUAUGGUAAAUACACGACGAAAGCUAAAUGUCCAAAUUGCAUUGGUAAAUUCAUUGAAGUAUAUUGUACUACAUGCAAUGAAUUGCAUUGUUCACUGUGCCAAUUAAUGCGUCAUCAAUCUCAUACAUUUAAAUCUAUAGACAGAGUUAUGGAGAAUAUCCGUUCAAAUUUAAUGUUCAAUAAAGUUGACUUAUGUGGUAAAUUACAUUUUGUGAAUCAAGCAAAAUUAAAUAUAACAUCACAUAUAGAUGAUAUAAAAAAACAUAGACGUGAUAUAAAAAAAGAAAUAAAUGACAAAUUUUCUGAGAUUCGUAGUCAAUUGAAAAGGACCGAAGAAAAAAUGUCGGAAUAUGUGGAGUCGUAUUGCAAAGCAAAAAUAGAUGAUUUGACUAAAAAUAAAGUGGCAAUGGAUGGAUUGACGAAAAAAUACGAUUUCUAUUUGUAUUUUUCUGAGUCUGCUUUGAAAAAGGAAAACAAGGCAGAUCUUGACAUAACAAAUAUGAUCAAUAAUCAACUGCUGGAAGUCAGAAAAGGUUUCACGAAAGACAUUAGUAGAUUGUAUACAACUAAUCCUGCAAAUAUCAAUUUAAAAGUCGAGCUUGAUGAUACACUGAAUGAGUUAAUCGACUCCGUUAGAAGAGUUGCAAUUUAUAGACCAAAAAAAGUUGAAGAAGCAAUUAAUGCAUUGAGCCAAACAUGGAAUAUUACAUUAGUUUCGGAUUACGAAAGUGUCAAUAGGGUAAGCUUUUGAACUGUAUAAAUAAUAAAUAAACGUAUCAAACUUGUCACGUCUGCUGUUAAACUAUAAAUCAUAUGAAAGUGAAUAAUUAAUCAUUUAGUAAGGUACGUGUUCAGCCCCUGAGAAGUGCGGGGACGGAUCCAAUGGGGGCUUAGGAGUACCGCCUCCCAGGAAAUA